UGACUGGUUUUGUGGUCCAGGGUCACAUUUAGUAAACAAACUUGUAAGCAGCAGAGGACGUGUAGAACAUUUUGACGGCCAUUGUAUUUCUGUGGGUGCAGAGCAGGUCUAUCUAUGACAAUCUAUGGCAGUUUGAGCAAUGAUUUCAGACUGAACAACUUUCUGACUGUCUCUCAGAAGGAUCUCGAGAUAAAGGAUCGCUCUGUGUUUGAUAUUCCCAUCUUCACUGAAGAGUUUCUGAAUCACAGUAAAGCACGUGAGGCUGAACUGCGGCAGCUGAGAAAGACGAAUAUGGAGUAUGAAGAGCGUAACGCGGCGCUGCAGAAGCAUGUGGAGAGCAUGCGUUCCGCCGUCGAGCGCAUGGAAGGAGACGUGCAGCAGGAAGGCACGCGAAACAGCCUCCUGCAGCAGCAUCUGGACACCCUGCGCUCGGCCCUCACACACAGCUUCUCUGCCGUCCCCCUGCCCGGUGAGACACUCACACACACACUCCCAGAGUUCACUGCAAAAACCUCUAGCCAGCUGG